UAUAUAUAUAUAUAUAGGAGACUGAAGCAUCAUAACGUGCGUUGCAGUAGUAUUCUUUUUUGCUGGCACGUUUCUGCCACCUCCUUUGUUUCGUUCUCUUCCUCUAUAUGAGCAGCUCGACUCUUGCGGUGGUGGGAGACCGAUAGCGGCUUGGGAGGAGGAGGAGGCGCGUGAUGGUGGAGCACUUGCUGGGGCUGCUGAGGGUGCGGGUGGCGAGAGGCGUAAACCUCGCCGUGCGAGAUGUCACCACCAGCGACCCUUACGUCGUCCUCCGGAUGGGCAAACAGAAAUUGAAGACCAGAGUAAUAAAAAAGAAUACUAAUCCUGUUUGGAACGAAGACUUGACACUCUGCAUCGAGGAUCCUUCACUUCCUGUCAGGCUUCAAGUGUUCGACAAGGACCGAUUCACCAAGGAUGACGCCAUGGGCCAUGCGGAGUUCGACAUCCGCCCAUUUCUGGAGGCCGUGAAGAUGAACCCGCAAGGCGUUCCCGAGGGCACCAUAAUACGGAAGGUAGUGCCCUGCAGACAGAACUGCUUGGCGGAAGAGAGCGUUGUGCGGUGGUGCCAUGGGCAGGUGACUCAAGACCUCGCUCUCAGGCUCAAAGAUGUGGAACGAGGUGAAGUCGAGCUGCAGCUGCAGUGGGUCGACAUUCCAGGUGCUAAGGGCUUGUAGAACCCUUCCUCUGCCUUACUAUGUAUUUCCUUAAUUUCUCCUACAGAUCCUUCUCCAUACUUUGCCUUGUUGAUCUGCUACUAAGGUAAAUGUACAGAUUUCUGGGUGAAACAAUGCUCAGCCUGAGCUAUGAAGUCUCCUCCUCGUGUA